AUGGAUACUGGGCAGAGUGCGCAGGUCGCCGACAUGGGAGGAGAGCACUCCGCCGGGGUGAGCCUGGUGGACCGGGACAGGGAGAGGACAGAGGUGUCCAGCCCUUGUCCCCCGGCCAAGCAGCGAUCCCUCAGGGUGGUGUACGUCCUGAACGACGGGCUGAAGUCGGUGAUGGCCAGCAGCCCGGAGUCCGGAGCUCUCCAGUGUCUCCAGAGAGCCUGCGACUCCGAGAGCGCACUGCUCACCACAGUCACCUUUGGACGGCUGGACUUUGGAGAGACAUCGGUGCUGGACAGUUUCUACGAUGCAGACAUCGCGGUUGUGGACAUGAGCGAUGUGUUUCGGCAGCCCUCCUUGUUUUACCAUCUGGGCGUAAGGGAGAGCUUCGACAUGGCCAACAACGUCAUCCUGUACCACGACACUGACCCUGACACGGCCCAGUCACUGAAGGACAUGGUGGCACAGAAAAAUACAGCAUCUAGUGGUAACUACUACUUCAUCCCCUACAUAGUGACUCCUAACCACGAGUACAUGUGCUGUGAGAGUGACGCCCAGCGCAGGGCCAGUGAGUACAUGCAGCCCAGCUGGGACAACCUUCUGGGGCCGCUCUGCGUCCCCCUGACGGACCGCUUCACCAGCCUGCUGAAGGACAUCCACGUCACAUCCUGUGCUUCUUUUAAGGACACCUUGCUGAAUGACAUCAGGAAGGCCAGAGAGAAGUACCAGGGAGAGGAGCUGGCCAAGGAGCUUUCCCGUAUCAAACUCCGAAUCGACAACACGGAAGUUCUCACCCAGGACAUCGUCAUGAACUUGCUAUUUUCUUACAGAGACAUACAGGACUACGAUGCCAUGGUGAAGCUGGUGCAGACUUUGGAGAUGCUGCCGACUUGUGAUCUGGCAACGCAGCCCAUGAUCCAGUUCCACUACGCAUUCGCCCUCAACAGGAGGAACAGUCCUGGUGACAGGGAGCAGGCUCUCGGAGUGAUGCUGCAGGUGUUGCAGUCGUGCGAGCAUCCAGCGCCGGACAUGUUCUGCCUUUGUGGACGGAUAUACAAGGACAUCUUCCUGGACUCAGACUGCAAAGACAUGAAAAACAGGGACAAUGCUAUACAGUGGUACAGAAAGGGUUUUGAGCUGCAGCCAACUCUCUACUCUGGUAUCAACCUGGCUGUCCUCCUCAUAGUUGCUGGCCAACAGUUUGAGAGCUCCAUGGAACUUCGAAAAAUAGGUGUGAGGUUGAACAGCCUGCUGGGGCGCAAAGGCUCCCUGGAAAAAAUGAACAACUACUGGGACGUGGGCCAGUUCUUCACUGUUGGCAUGCUGGCUAGCGACAUCCCUAAAGCCACUCAGGCUGCCGAGAAGCUCUUCAAACUCAAGCCGCCUGUCUGGUAUUUGCGGUCGGUGGUGCAGAACCUGCAGCUGAUCCAGAGGUUCAAGAAGCAGUCGAUGGAACAUUCUCCUCAGCGAGAGAGACUCAACUUCUGGAUGGACAUCAUCGUCGAGGCCACGCAGGGCACCACCAAUCGACUGCGGUUUCCAGUGUUGAUUCUGGAGCCAACUAAGGUUUACCAGCCCUCGUAUGUGUCCAUUAACAACGAGGCUGAGGAGAAGAACGUCUCGAUCUGGCACGUUUCUCCCGCCGAAACGAAGGGGAUCCAUGAGUGGAACUUCAAUGCAAUGUCCAUAAAAGGCAUUAGCAUCAGUAAGUUUGAUGAGCGGUGCUGCUUCCUCUACGUCCACGAUAACUCUGACGAUUUCCAGAUCUACUUCUCCACUGAGGAACAGUGCGGUCGGUUCUGCUCCAUGGUGAAAGAGAUGAUAUCAGAUGGUACGGGGAACGCCGUGGAGCUGGAGGGGGAAGGAGACGGAGAUACACUGGAGUACGAGUAUGACACCAAUGAGACAGGGGACAGGGUGGUGUUAGGGCGGGGCACCUAUGGAGUGGUGUACGCUGGGAGAGACCUCAGCAACCAGGUCCGGAUCGCCAUCAAAGAGAUCCCUGAGAGAGACAGCAGAUACUCCCAGCCCCUUCAUGAAGAGAUCGCCCUCCACAAGUACCUGAAGCACAGGAACAUUGUUCAGUAUUUGGGCUCCGUUUCUGAGAAUGGAUACAUCAAGAUCUUCAUGGAACAAGUGCCUGGAGGAAGCCUGUCCGCGUUGCUGCGGUCCAAAUGGGGCCCGCUGAAGGAGGCGACUAUAAUCUUCUACACCAGACAGAUCCUGGAGGGGCUCCGGUACCUGCACGAGAACCAGAUCGUCCACCGAGAUAUCAAGGGUGAUAAUGUGUUGGUGAACACCUACAGUGGUGUCUUGAAGAUCUCAGACUUUGGUACCUCGAAGCGGUUGGCGGGAGUCAACCCCUGCACGGAGACAUUCACCGGUACUCUGCAGUACAUGGCUCCAGAAAUCAUUGAUAAGGGCCCUCGAGGGUACGGGGCCCCGGCUGACAUCUGGUCCCUGGGAUGCACCAUUAUAGAAAUGGCCACUGGGAAACCGCCUUUUCAUGAGCUGGGAGAACCGCAGGCGGCCAUGUUUAAGGUUGGCAUGUUUAAGAUCCACCCAGAGAUCCCCGAGUCCUUGUCUUUGGAGGCCAAGUCGUUCAUCUUGCGCUGCUUUGAGCCGGACCCUAACAAGAGGGCCAUCACCUCGGACCUCCUCAAAGACAUGUUUGUCAAACAAAACACCAAGGGCAAGAAGAGCAAGAUCGCCUUCAAACCAUCAGACUACAUCCACAACGUAUCGCUGCCGGUUCAGUUGCAGUUGCAGUGCGAGGCCACCGGGAGCAGCAGCAGUGAACCCGGAUCCAUGAGCCCAGACUGCGACUCCAAACACGACGUUUUCUUCCUCAAGAAGAAAAGCUCCGGCUCCGAGAACAUGCUCAAACCCCCCAACUCAAACUACCUGAGUGUUCCAGAUGAGGGUUCGGUGUCGGAUGACCGCAGUGCCCCCCCGUCCCCCGAGGACAGGGACGGCGGUCUGUUCCUGCUGAAGAAGGACAGCGAGAGACGGGCCAUUCUGUUCAAGGUCCUCAAUGACGACCAGGCAAAGGUCAUCUCCAACCUGAGGGAGAACCACAUCCAGGGCAGUGAAGAGCUCCAGCUGUCCGUCGAUCACAUCAAGCAGAUCAUCUGCAUCCUGCGAGACUUCAUCCAUUCCCCAGAGAGGCGGGUCAUGGCGGCCACCAUCUCCAAGCUCAAGCUGGACCUGGACUUUGACUCCACCUCCAUCAACCAGAUCCAGCUGGUGCUCUUUGGCUUCCAGGACUCGGUAAACAAAGUCCUGAGAAACCAUCACAUCAAACCCCACUGGAUGUUUGCGAUGGAUAACAUCAUCCGCCGAGCUGUGCAGGCUGCAAUCACCAUCCUCAUCCCAGAGCUGCAGACCCACUUCGGCCCGGCGUCGGAGUCUGAGGGAGCGGAGAAGGAAGACGAGGUGGAUGAAGAGGAAGUAGAGUUUGGUCCCGUUUUAGCUCCUCCCGCUGACGACCCCGGGACGACAGCUGACCCCACCCAACACGUCGCCAGCACGCCAAUCUCCACCCACUUGCAGGAGCAUCAGCGCUCGCAUCAUCAACUGGGUGUACAGCUGGGGCGGCUCAAACAAGAGACCAACAGGCUGCUGGAGGAGCUGCUGCAGAAGGAGAAGGAGUACCAGCAGGUCCUGAAGGCAACGCUGCAGCAGAGGACACACGACAUGGAGCUGGUCCGAGUCAGACACAGACCACUAGCAGACAAUUUACCUCCCUCCAUCUUCAAGAUCCCAGCAGACCACGAGCCAGACAAGCAGCUCACUGAUUGGCUGAAAGAGCAGGGGGCGGACGCUGACACCAUAGAUAAGUUUGUGCUGGAGGAAUACACACUGUCCGACGUUCUCAAUGACAUUACCAAAGAUGACCUCCACUGUCUACGUCUACGGGGUGGAGUCCUCUGCCGCAUCUGGCGGGCCAUCCAACGACACCGAGAGCGAGAGAGGCUGAGGCCCGACGAACGCUCGGAAGAUGAUGCAUGAUGGGACACAGGGACGACAGCUCUGGAGGACUCUGAUUGGCAGAAAACACGCACACAUCUGCACACUACCAGCCCUGCAUAGAGCUAUUCCUCUCUCUCUCUCUCUCUCUCUCUCUCCCGCCACAGUGCCUUUCCAUGUUGUGGUUUCUGCGUUGUAUGUACUUAAUGUACCUUUGACUAUACAUCACCACACACUGUCAGAUUUGAACAGACCAAAGCGCUCUAGUGCCGGCACUACUGUAUGUAUCUGUACGUGCAUUUAAAUGACACAAUAUGUCUGUGCUUGAAAUAAUAAUGCAUCCUAGCAAACAUGGACACCGUUUAAAGUGAUACUCCACUCAGGAUCUUUCUCAAAAUGUCCAAAAUGUAGCUGUUCAGUGGCGUCCAAUGAAAGUCUCAAUAUAUCUACAUCAUUUUCCAAAACACUGUUGCAUUGCUUCCGUCUAAAGAUUGGUUUAUUCUCGCGUUUGGCACCGUAGCACGAGCCUCCAUUGAUGGAUUUCAAUUAUUUUCCAAAAUGGAUCAUUAUUUUCCAAAACGGAGCAUUAUUUUCCUAAACGCCAGAGGGUGUACAAACAAAAUGAACUGUGAAAAUCCCUAAAAAGCAUUUAGUGUAAGCAGCAAAAAAGCCAUAAACCAACCUCCACAAUGCCGCAGAGGGGUUGUAAUUAUCUGUCAACUCAUACCUCAUAUUCAUGGACCACUUUAUUGCCUUUAUACAAGCCCUGUGAAGAAUUCAAGUUUAACAUGGAUUAUUAAGAAACAAAAGGUUGAAUAUCCUGUAAACAAUUUGAUUUGGCUGCAAAAAAAGUUACUUUAAUAAAGAUAUUUAGGACUUCCUGUUUCUAAAGCAACAACUAAUAGGCCUUCUUUGAAUAAGAUAAGAUAAGAUAAGAUAAUCCUUUAUUAGUCCCGCAGCGGGGAAAUUUGCAGGCUUACAGCAGCAUAGAGUUGUAAUAAAUCCUAGACAUGUAAAUAGUGAUUCUAACAACUAUUUUUAACAAUCACGUGAUGCGGAACACUGCUCCAGUGUCAAUGUGCACGACCAAGAGCUGCAAGCCUUGCGUAGGUUACAUUAGGAUGAGUAUAAACUAAGCUUUAUCCUUCACACAUGAACACUUUCACUCCUCUCGUUCCUCCCUCAGACAGAACUGCUCUUUUCAUCCGCAUACUGAGCAUUCAGAUGAACAGCAGAAAGUUGAUUGACAAGUUUCUGUAAAAAGGCUUUGAUAUUGAAUGCACGCGCGGACGCUGUUCUCUGUAAAGAAACAAACUACAAAGUCUAUC